CGUUUUCUAUUUCCUAAUUGAAUCUCUACACUCAGAAUCCUGUGCUGCAUCAUCGAAACACUAUCGCAAAUCGAAAUUCAAAACGCCUUCUUCGUUUUCCACUCAGUUUUACGUCUUUCUAUUGGUUUUUUUUUUUGUUUUUGUUUUCGGCCUAGGGUUUCUAGCGAUCAAUCGAAUUCGAGAUUUCGACCACUUGUAACAAUCAAUGGAUUGGGGCACCGUAACGGCGGAGGAUCUGGUCGAGGCGCUGAGAGAAGUGGACUGGUCAUCGCCGCCGCGCCCGCUCGCAGAAUUCUUCUCUCGGUUCACCUUGCCCCGUUCGUACGCCAAAUGGAACAGUCGCCUCAAGUGCAACCUCUACUAUUACCGGACCAAUUAUUUUUUAAUGAUUGUUUUCAUUCUUGGAAUUGGAUUUAUUAGGAGGCCGCUUGCUAUUGUUGCUGCACUCGUGACAUCUUUGGGUAUAGCAUUACUGAAUGAUAGUUUUGCAGGUACUUUCAGUGAAAAGGUCACAAGAACCGUCAGGCAGUUUUCUCCCCAUUUGGCUGCUAAAAUGAGACCAUCCCUCACGCCCGUGAUUCGGGGACGACCAUCUGUAAAACGAGCAAUACAUAUAUGUGGACGGCCCCGGUGGGUAUUUGUCUUGUUAUUUUCUACUGUGGGAUUCCUACUUUGGUUUCUUUCUUGUGGUAUCGUCACAGUCUUAUGGGCAUUUGCUAUUGGCCUUCUUGCCACCCUCAUUCAUGCAAGCUUUAGGACACCAAACUUGAAAGCUCGUUUGAACACAUUCCGUGAAGAAUUCCGUGCUGUUUGGCGCAAUUAUAGUGAGCUGUAGCUUGUGAAGCCGCCCACAUGAGCCCGCGUGGUUUAUGAAGAUAAAACAUGGCUUGAUUUUCAUCAUGCAACUUGUUCAAUUUUCAAGAAACGGAGGCGACUAGAGUGUAAAUUUCUUGAAGAAAUCUGUUAUAUAAUGUGAGAAGUCGACUAUUACUGUCUGAGGAGAUAUUAUUGCCGUUGCGAAGUAGUCAGUUCGUUUCACAGAAUUGUAUUAUAUACUCCUAUGUGACCCUUUUUCGAUUGCACUAGAAAGAAUCAGUAUAAAUUUCAUCAAAUCGAACAGAUAAUUGAGCAUAUUAUUUUUGAACUAAUUGCACUAAUCUUUUCUUAGA